AUGGUUUCCAACCCGGAAGCGUAUGUUGUUUACCUCCUGCAAACGAGUCCAUAUGUUAGACUGUCUGAUGUCCUGAGAAAUCCUCUCAAUAACCGGAGAAAAUGAGUGGGGAAAGUGCCAAUAAACAACAAAGGAAUGCUGAACGUGCCAGUGAGACUGCGAGUGUUGACCCUCAGGUUCCCGUCUUGCGCAUCAGUCAGCUGGAUUCCCUUGAACUCGACACGGCCCUUGAACAACUGGUAUGGACCCAGUUCUCCCAGUGCUUCCAGAACUGCCGCCCUGGCCUCUUGACCCCUCUGGAGCCAGAACUAAAGGCCCUGCUCCAGCUUCUGGUGUGGAGGUUUACACUGUGUUCCAGCAGCACCACAGUGGGCCAAUCCAUUCUCAGCCUGUGUUACCAUGACUCCCGCUCUUCAUCUGCCGGCUACAAGCCUCUAUCCUCCAGGCAGAAGCUGGCUCUAGCUUUGCACACUGCGGGUCCCCGCUGGCUCCAGGAACGUUCCCACAGUAUCCUUCGCAGCUUUGGACUGACUUCAGGAAGUCCAGUGUCUGGAGGUCAUGGUUUUCUCCGCAUUAGCCUGACAGUCAUUUCUGCUUUAGCCCAGCUUGCGAGCCUCACCAACUUCCUCAUCUUCUUAAGGAAAGGCCAGCAUCCUGUUCUGGCGGAGCGCGUGGUGGGCUGUCGAGCCGUCUUUAGCAAGCCCAACGUCACUCGAGACAUAACCUACCAGUACAUGAACCGGGAGCUUUUGUGGCACGGAUUUGCAGAAUUCCUCAUCUUCCUGUUGCCAAUAAUAAACUCAAGGAAACUGAAGGCUACGGUGCAGUCAGUUUUGUUUGGGAAGGAGACUUGCAGUGCGAGUGAGGCUCGGGAUGGAACUUGGAAAGAGUGUGCAUUUUGUGGAGAGUGGCCAACUAUGCCUCAUACGAUUGGCUGUCGGCAUGUUUUCUGCUACUACUGUAUCAAAAGUCACAGUAUUGCUAAUACUUACAUCACCUGCCCUAAAUGCAACGCAGAGGCUGGAUGGCUAGAGCCGGUCAGCAUGAGGGUGGAAAGGGUUGGCAGGCAUUGAUUUAGUCCUGCAGGAUGAAAAAAAAAAAAAAAAAGUGGGAUGUGUUGGGAGAAGAAACGAAUGAAAGGAAACGGACGUAGCAGAGAAAAUGCGCUGGAAAACCUUCAUUUAUUUUGUCUUGUAAUUGCAGCAGACUGCAUUAUUUACUUGCAGCGCCUUAUUAAAAGCCGUCGGCUUUCGUCCCGUGUGUCUUUUCUGAACACACGUGGGCCAUGCUCUGUUUAAUGUAUGUCUGCAUAUAUUGACACGGCACUGCCCUGUCCGUUUCUCCGGCUGGACUUUGGACAGAACUAUUUGUCUUUGGUGCGCUGGACAGACUACUGAGAAGCAGGCAGAGCAUAUAUUUGAUGAGCCAACAUGUUGAUUUAUGCUGCAAAUUGGCUUUCAGUCGGCCCGUGCGCAUGUGUGUGUUUGUUGAAAUGGGAAUAUUUGUUCUGUUGAAAAAUGCAGAAAGUAAGCUGAAUAAAUAAUGGGGCCAACUUCUGACGCCGCUCAUCAUUGCCAAAUUAGCAUUUGUUGUGUAUUUUGUACGUAAAUUGUAUUUCAACAUCAUUAAAAUUGAUUGAGCGCUUCCUCUUGGGUGUUUAUUUAGUUAAGUGGAGGGGAGAGAGAGAGAGGGAGAGAUGAGGGAAACUUAUAACAAUCUGCACACUUCUCUCUCAUUGGGCCUGGUCGAGCUCCCAUUAUCCAUUUUCACAGCACCCCAACAUGCUGGAGAUCAAGGGGGCAGCCGGGGGCUUGGAUUGACUCACACACACUUGACAGCCAGCCUCCCAUCUCCCUUGGCCUUUUUCUCUUUUGCUGCCUUUCCAUCCCUCUCUCUCUCUCUCUCUCGCUCGCUCUCUCUGUAAUCUCUAGGGCCCAUGCUCCCAUAAGACUGUAGUAAACUAUACCAAAACCCUGGCAGUCGUCUCCUUCCUCGCAGGCGAAUUACUCUCUAAUCCCUGUAAUGAGUCCAAAGAUGCUUAUUUAUGCUGGAGUUAACCUCCACCAGUGAGCCCAGCCCCGGGCCAAACGCACCCCAGCUGAGUGACGCCUUUCCAGGCUGACAAGAGAAGACGGAGCGCUGUGCAGAGGCAGGAGGGAGGGAGGAGGA